CUCCCGCGGCCAUGGGGAUGCUCAGCCUGCCCCGCUGCCUCUCCUGCGGCAAGAGCAAGGACUUCAGCCUGUCGAACGAGAAGGAUGGGCACAGCAGUGAGAGCGGGGGCAGCUCGGAGCGAGGCAACUGGUCCAACAAAAGCGAGUACCUGCUCUCCAUGGUGGGCUACGCCGUGGGCCUGGGCAACGUCUGGCGCUUCCCCUACCUCACCUACCAGAACGGAGGAGGUGCUUUUCUAAUCCCCUACACCCUGAUGCUGGCAUUAGCAGGCUUGCCUUUAUUUUUCAUGGAAUGUUCCCUUGGGCAGUUUGCCAGCCAGGGGCCAAUUUCCAUCUGGAGAAUACUGCCGUUGUUUCAAGGAGUGGGCGUCACCAUGGUCCUCAUCUCCACCUUCGUGGCCAUCUACUACAACGUUAUCAUUGCCUACUCCCUCUACUACUUGUUUGCCUCCUUUCAGAAGGUGCUGCCCUGGUCAGAGUGUUUCUCCUGGGCAGAUGAAGCCUGCAGCAAAACACGGCUAGUAAGCGACUGCAAUGCGACCUUCGAGGGAGAAACGAUUCAUGCAAACUACUCCUUCAUCAGCAGCCACAACCUCACCUGUCUCAACGACACCAUCAACUACAAACCGGUGCAGUUCCCCAGCCAGCAGUACUGGAACAAAGUGGCUCUGCAGCGCUCCAGUGGCCUGGACGAGACGGGCAGCAUCGUGUGGUACCUGGCUCUCUGCCUCCUCCUCUCCUGGGUGAUCGUUGGAGCUGUGCUCUUUAAAGGAAUCAAGUCCUCUGGAAAGGUUGUCUACUUCACUGCCAUCUUCCCAUAUAUCAUCCUGCUCAUCCUGCUGGUGCGAGGUGCCACCCUGGAGGGGGCUCGGGAGGGCAUCGAGUACUACAUUGGGAAGCAGUCCAACAUCACCAAGCUGAUGGAGGCAGAGGUUUGGAAGGAUGCAGCCACCCAGAUCUUCUUCUCCCUGUCGGUGGCGUGGGGCGGGCUCGUUGCCUUGUCUUCCUACAACAAGUUCAACAACAACUGCUACUCAGAUGCUAUCUUUGUUUGUGUCACCAACUGUGCCACCAGCAUCUUUGCUGGCUUUGCCAUAUUCUCCAUCCUGGGCCACAUGGCUUUUGUGUCUAAGAGACCUGUCUCAGAGGUUGUGGACUCAGGCUUUGAUCUGGCAUUUGUAGCCUACCCAGAAGCUCUCUCCAGGUUACCAGUUUCUCCAUUCUGGUCUUUCUUGUUUUUCUUCAUGCUCCUGCUCUUGGGACUCGACUCUCAGUUUGCCACCAUAGAAACCCUCACAACCACCAUCCAAGACAUAUACCCUCAAGCAAUGAAGAAGCUGAGGGUCCCUAUCACCCUGGGCUUGUGCAUCUUGCUCUUCUUUCUUGGCCUUGUCUGUGUAACUCAGGCUGGAAUUUACUGGGUUAACCUUAUAGAUCACUUCUGUGCUGGAUGGGGAAUCCUUAUUGCAGCUCUCCUGGAGAUAAUUGGCAUCAUCUACAUUUAUGGAGGAAACAGGUUCAUUGAAGACAUUGAGAUGAUGAUUGGGAAGAAGAACCGUUGCUUCUGGCUGUGGUGGAGGAUGUGCUGGUUCUUCAUCACCCCUGUGCUGCUGGUGGCAAUUCUGGUCUGGUCUUUGGCCACGUUUUCACCUCCCAGUUAUGGCUCUGUCUUGUAUCCAGUCUGGGGUACUGCUGUGGGCUGGUGCAUGAUUAUCUUCUGUGUCAUCUGGAUUCCCAUCACUGCUGUUAUCAAACUGAUGAAAGCUGAAGGAAACCUCUGGCAGCGCCUGGUGAGCUGCUGCAAGCCUGCUGCAAACUGGGGCCCCUACCUGCAGUCCAACCGUGGAGAGAGAUACAGCCACGUCCUAGACCCCAAGAAGAAGGAGCUGGAGAUCCCCACUGUGUCUGGCUUUGUGUACACUCAGCACUGAAGAUGCCUUCUUGGACCACGGAUUUAUUAUUAUUAUUAUUCAUUUUUUAUCACCUGCAGGAGUUUUUAAAGAGGAAACAUUAAAAAGGUGACCCAGGGGCCCCAAAGCAACAGCGAGGAAAAGCAAACUCAACUCUCUGCCCUUCUGCACCCAGCCCCAGACUGCAAGUGAGCCAUGAUGGUUAUGUUCAGUGCUGUGUGUUGGAAGGGGGAGCCUGAGCAAGUAGAGACUGAGCUCUGCCCAGGGUGAAGAAGGCAAGAGAAUGCCUUGCAGGCUUCCCAGGCUGCUGGACUGGAUGUGCUUAACCCCAGCCCAACACUCGCCAGCUGGGCUGCAGCUGUGAAGCAUAGAAUAGACUCAAGCAAGCUGGAAGAGAGCUCCAGGCUCAGGCAGCCCAACCUAGCACCCAGCCCUGCCCAACCAACCAGAGCAUGGCACUCAGUGUGGGCACCAUGGGUGUGGAAGAGAAGAAAGACGAAUUCCAGUGCUCCUCAGCUGCAGGAGCUUUGAGCUGCAGAUGUGCUGUGCCUGCCUGUGCCCAUGUGCCACCUGCAGCUGCCACCUUGUGCUUGGCCAGCCACAGAGAGGUGUGCUGGGAGGUGGAUGGGCAUGGGGCUGCCUGGCACAGGGCCUCAGGGAAUAGGAAUGAUUCCUCCUCCUUCUGAGCCUUGCUCAGGGCUGGGAGGCUCCUCAGGGAUCCUCACCUGCAGGAGCUUCUGUGCCUGCCUGUGCCCAUGUGCCACCUGCAGCUGCCACCUUGUGCUUGGCCAGCCACAGAGUGGUGUUCUGGGAGGUGGGUGGGCAUAGGGCUGCCUGGCACAGGGGCUCAGGGAACAGGAAUGAUUCCUCCUCUGUCCAAGCCUUGCUCAGGGCUGGGAUGCUGCUCAGGGAUCCUCACCUUCUGUGCCUGCCUGUGCCCAUGUGCCACCUGCAGCUGGCACAGGGGCUCAGGGAACAGGAAUGAUUCCUUCUCUGUCUAGGCCUUUCAGAGUACUCAGGGCUCAAUGCUGACUACUGUGUUUGUGUGUUUGUCUUUUGUCUGCUAAGUGCAGAGUGGCAAAAAAAAUGCCAUCCAUGGA